UGCAUUUUUUGAUUGGAGCGAACGCAAAGAGCACGGUGGAGCAGAAUUUUCGGUUUUUUGGAUACCUGUGCACUUUUAAAUAAAAAGUAAAGUGUUUAAAAUUAAUUAGUUGCAGAGUGUGCUAAAUAAAGUGAUCUUUCGGUAAAAUUAUGCAAUGAUGGACUUGCACUUAUUGGUUAUAAUCACCUGCGUCUUUCUCGCUUCUCUUUUGUCGCUUCUUUUUAUUAACAAAUUUUUCCGUCGCAAAACAUUCGAGGAGAUCGUUGCCGAAAAGAAGGCACUAACUGAUAAAAUUUAUGCUCAGAGCAAAGUCGCUACAAAGAAGUCAAAAAAACAACAACCUACAAAGAAAGAUCUGAAACGUGAAAAGAAAAAGCUACAGCGUGAACAGCAGAAGGAAAAUACUGAGCAAGAGGACUCCGAUGCACAAUCCGAACAGCCAUCCGUGGAGGAUGAGCCUCAGGGCUUAUCUAAAUCUCACGUUGAAUUCGAUCCGGAUCCAGAAGUGAUUGUUGGCGCUACACCAGAAGCUGUAAGACGCUCUAGUAUGGCUGAGCGAGAGAAAGAAAAUUUAAGUGGUGGCAACUCGAAGCAGAAAUCGAAGAAGGAAAAGAAGGGCAAGUCAUCAGGUAUUUUGGUCAACAAGAAUGAGCCGGUGGUAGUGCGUGAGAAUUUGGUGAUCGAGGAGCCCGCAAAUACGUUCGAAGCGAAACAACCCAAGGAUAUACUUGAGUUAAAGAAGCAUGAUAAGAAGGAUACUAACAAGAAGGAGAAGAAUGUCAAGAAAGAAAAAAAUGUCGCAGUUGAAAAACCAGUUUCAGUAGUUGUUGAACAGCAACAACAGCCAGUAGUCGAACCCAUUGCACAUGCGCAUGUGGCUAAGGAGCUGAAACAGCAGGAUGAUAAAACUCGUCAAGGUUCACCGAAGACGCAUGCAUCACAAAACGGUAGCGGCAGCAACAAAACCACCAAGCAGCAAAACAAAAAGCAGAACAAAGAAACUGCCGCCACCAAAGAGUUAGUACUUGCACUUGAUAAGCUCUCCGAAUCUGAUACGAUUGGCGUUUCGUUGCUCAUGAAUCUCUUCCGCCGUGCUGAACUCAAUCGUUCAGAGAUCCAGAUCCUUAUCGAUUAUCUACUAAAUAAGCAGCAGGACACACCCGCAACACACUCGGAGUGGUCGGAUGACAUAUGCCAGAAAUUGAAACGUCAAUUGGAAGAAAAAGAAAAGGCUUUAGCCGAAGAACAGGAAUCUUCUAUGGGAAUACAGGCCAAAUUGCGUGAAUUACGCACGGAAAUCAAUGCUGAACGCGCACAGUUGAAUGCCACGGUUAAGGUAUAUGUUGAUAAAAUCCAGUCCAAGGAGCAAGAAAUAACCGCACUCAAUCAGGAAAUGCAAGUUUUGAAUGAUAAAUUCGCUCAGGAGCGCAAACAAUUCCAGGCCAAGCUUCUACUUGAGAAACAAAGCGGUUCACAAGAUUUGUUCGCACAACUGCAACGCAUUCAAAGCGAGUUGGGGCACAAGGACAAAUGUAUCAAUGAUCUGACUUGCUUGGUGAACGCAUGUAACCAGGCAAACGAAGAGCUUAAACAGCAAGUAAGUCUCCUCGAACAGCAACGCGAAGAACUCGAACAAAUCUCGAAUAAUCGUAUUUUUGAACUAGAAAAAGCAAAAGCCCUUGAAAUCGAAAACGCCGAAUGUAAACUAGAAUUACAUAAUUUGCAAAACGCGCACGAAUCGGUCAAGACCGAUUUGGCGCAAGCACGCCAAGAAGUCGAAACGUCUGCGGCGCGAAACACUGAAUUGGCAGACAAUCAAAACCAGUUGGUUGCAUUGCAGUUAAAGAACGAUGAGCUGUUGCAGCAAUUGGCCGGUAUCAAUAGCAAAGCAGUGGAGCAGUCCAUGGAGCAAUCUGGUUUGCAGACAACACUCGAUGCACUCAAGUCGCAAUUGGCCGACAAGGAAAACCAAUUGGCUGAUUUUAAUGCAAAAAAUUCUGUUUUGCUACAGCAAUUGAAAGGAUUAGAAAUGCAAACGCAACUUAAUACACAAAACCAUUAUGAUUUGCAGAAGUUUAUUGAGACUUUGCAACACGAUGUCGCAAAUAAGCACCAACAAUUGCAACAGGUCGAACAGACGGUGGAGAAACUAAGCAGCCGAGAAAAGGAGCUCCUGCAGCAGCUACAUGAGCAAAAGGAAAAGAAUGAUGAUUUGCGUAAAAAAAACUGGAAGUUGGUUGAAGCUUUGCAAAGUGCUGAAACAACAGCUAGACAAAAUAAAGCGCCUACGAGCGCAAAUGCAAGCUUAGUUCAACAGCAGCAACUUUUCGCCGCUUCACAAAAGCAGCAAUCCUCCGCCACAGCCAAUGCCGCAGCAGUUUCCUCUAAUGAGGAGAAGCAUGUGCGUGAAAUAUUCCAGCGUCUAUACCCAGAGGCCGUUAAUGCUUGUGCCAGCACAGCGCUCAGUGCAUCUUUCGAACAGUGGGUGGAACAGGUUUUAGCCACACAACUAAAAUUGGCAGCAGCUAGUAAAGCUGCUGGCAGCAGUUUCAACAAAUCUACACAAUCAAGCAGCAGCAACAGUAGUAGCGUUAAUCACACCCCUUCAACCCACAUAAAUAACAAUUCACAUAAUGAUAACUUAACAAAUAAUAGCAAUAAUCGUAUCAGUAAUAAUAGUAGUGAGGAAGGCGGCAGUAGUGGUGGUGGCAACGAUGACGAUGCCGGUGAGCUACGUCUGCAGAAUACUCAGCUCCGCGCCAAGGUGGAUGAGUUAACCAAACUUGUUACAAAAACUAGCAACACAUUGUCAGCUCUUGAAGGACACGCUCGCCAAGAACAUGAGAAAUGGCAAAGCAUUUUGUUAUCAAAGGAAGAAGAAAUUUCCAGGUUACAGCAUUCAAAUGGAGCGCAGGACAUUUAAUGUCGCAUAAUUGAAGUUUGUUUAAGCGUUAAAGUAAAAUGCAGUUAAGAUGUAAUGCCUUCCAAAAAAACAACAGAACGUUUAAAAAAUAUUGAAACAACAGCAACAGCAUACUACUCACCCAAAAAGCCGGACAGCCAAGCAAUAAAUACCAAGUAUGAAUUGCAUGACUUAUGCCAAUUGCAUGGGCCGCAAGCAAAGCGGAAAUUAAUGAAAAUGCUUGCCGAUUUUGCAAUCAAAGGAGUUAGUUAACAUUGAAUUGCAGAAUAAAUUGCAGCAAGCAAGCACGCGAGCCUUUGUUCGAGCGAGAGGAAAUAGUAAAUAACAAACAGCAGCAACAUGAAACAUUCUAAACUUAUGUUACAGUGCAUAAAAGAAGCAAAAGAUAUUAGAAAACAUAAAGUAAAUCUACAAAUAUAAACAAUAAUAAUAAGCGUGAAUAAAUAUUAAAAAAAAACAAUAACAACAAAAAUAAUAAUUUUUAGUUUAAGCCUAAAAUCUGUGCAAUGUUUUGAUGAUCGAUAAGCAAAGCGAAAGAAAACAAAAAUAAAAAACGGAAGUAGAAUUUAUAAAGAAAAAAUGCAAAUUAUUGCAAGAAAAUUUCACAGGAUUUCGAACAUAAAAUGAAAGAAGAAUUUAACAAAAUAAAUGCAUAAUAUUAGUUUAAAACAAAGGAAAUACUAAUUAAACAAUGCGUUGCGAUGUGGUGUAGGGACGAAUAAUAAGAAUAAGCUGCUUAACUGACCGCAUUGUGCUGCUUGUGUUCCACAAACCUUCUUUGCAUUUAUUAUAUAUAACAUAAAGCGUUCAUACACAUAAACCAUUAACAUUAUUUUAUACGCUACAAAUGAUCGUGAAUAAAGGUAGAAAAAAGUAGAGGUAUUUAAAAGUAUUGAAAAAUCAUUUAGUGGCUGCAAGCAUGAAAAUGUAUUGGAAAGUGCAACGAGCCUACCGCUUGUUUUUACAUUUCAUAAUAGAGUGAGCAGCACGUGUUUGAGAAAAUUGUGUUUUUUUUUUUACUUUUUUUCGUGUAUCAUCAGUAUCAGUUUUAGUGCUAUAAAUUGUAGAAAAAAAUAUAUGCAAUUAAAUAAAUUGAAUAAUAAUCAAAAAUAUUUGUGUGUCUUUAAAUAAAAUUAGUCUUGCUCUAUCUAUUCCUCACACAUGUAUAUUCACAUAUCACAAAUAUUAAUUUUUAAAUUUGUUUAUAUUAGGGGCGACUUGAAUCUGAAAGAAAAAUUUGUAUCAUAAUUCAAAUUAGUAUUGAAAUAUUGAAUACAACAAAACACAAUCAAACUUCCGUGUUUUAUGGUAUCAGUUGAAAAAAAAACAAUGCGAAGUAUGCCAUGAGUCAUAAAUGCAUCCUGAUAUUUCAUAGACAAUUUAAUAUAUUGGUUUAAUGAAAGUUCCGAGAAUUUUUUUUACCAUUAAUUUUGCUCUAAGUCGUGAUUAAACCCUUUAGACAGCCAAAUAUUUGAAUUCAAUUAUUAUUAAGAUGAAUUCUCUGAGUGAUUAAUUGUUUAAAAGAGUUUACUACACAACACCAAUUUGAAGUUGACGUCUAGAAAACGUUAAAUCGUUUCAAGUUGUUGUAUUAAAAGUUUUUAUUAAACAAGGAUGAAAAGAAAGUAAAAACAAUUUGAUACAGUAAAGGAUGAAAAGAAAGUAAAAACAAUUUAAUACAGUAAAGCCACGGAAUUUCGUGUAAUUAAUUAACGGAACUUUAUAUAAUAUACAUAUUUAUUUGGGUUGUUUUUAAUUUUUUUUAACUGAGUGUAAAUAAUGUACAACAAUAUAUACUCAUUUAUUUUAUGUUUUCUGUUUUUAAUAAUUGUGAUAAGAUUUGAAAUAUUUCUGUUAAAUUGUUCAUGUAGUUGUUAGAAUCGUGGUAAAUUCAUCUAACAUUUUUUUCUUUUAAUAUCUGGCAUUAAAAAUUGUUUUUAUUUAAUUUCGUAUUCUCUAAUUAAACUUUAUUUAGCACCUUAUAAAACUGAUUCUGAGUAUACCACAGCCAGAUGCGGGCAGGUACGCUGCUCGGCUGUUUGGCAGGCAUAAACAAAUUGAUAGAGAAAUGCGAUUGAAGCGUAGCUUAUAAACGUCACUGAGUUAACGAAAAGUAUUGGUUAGAUAAAUCUUAUGUAAUUUUUACUUAAAUACCUACAAUAAUUAUUCAAAUUUUGUUUACAUUUAAAUUUUUGCAUUUUAGCUAAUAGUUUUCAUUUCUUAUACGGCAAUAUGGCUUUUGAGGAACACACUUAGAUUUGGCAUGCGAAAUAAAAAUUUGUUUGUAAUUUGAAAUUUUGCGCCAAACAAUAGUUGCAUAUGAAUUUUAUAAAAAAAAAAAUGUAUAAAACCCCUUUUUUUAUGACUUUUGCUGAAAACUGUAAUCAAUUUACACUUAUUAUUUCAUCUUGCCGACUUGAGAGAUUACUGCAUUUGUCCUUAAACAAGAUAAUGUAUUAAAACAACAUGCAAAGGCUCACAGACAGCAACGACUGACAGACCAAUAAUCAAGCAAACCACAUGAACGCCCGCGCAUACUAAAGCAUGCACAGCGUAUCCUUAGCAACAGCAAUAUUUACUUAAGCGUAUAACAAUGAAUCUAUUUUUAUAUAAAAUACUUAAAAAAGAGAAGAGCUGAAGGGCAUUUACAAUUAAGCUGAAUAUAUUAAAAAUUACAAAGAUUAUGAGUAUUACGCCUAUUUUGAGCAAUAAUAAAAUGCAAAAACCUAAAUAUAAAAGAGCUCUUGCAGCAAUUAAAAAUAUAUAAACGAAAAAAUAGGUGAAAGGGAACUUCGAAAAGUAUGUAUGGUCCCGAUAGGUAAUUUUCGCUUAACACAAGUAGACGAUUGUUUCAUUUUAAUUUUAUGUUCUUAAAAGCUGGUGAGGAACACACGUUGUUGCGUCAAAACAAGUUUCCUUAUGCGUAUUCGCAUCAACAAAAUAAUAAGAAGAAAAUUGCGCUAAUUGCAAAAUAUUUCAAAAAGCUGCGCGAAAGCAUUCCGUUUCAAGCUAGCAAAACAAAAAAUAAAACAUUCAAGAAAAAACCUGAUUUCGGAGGAGCAGAAGAAAUACAAGUAAAUAAAUAAUUAGUUUGCCAACAACAAACAUCACAUUUGGGUUGGCACGCCGUCACAUUUGCACUACAAAACAUUUGACAGCUAUUAGAAAAGAAAUAAAAAAAUGCAAUUAGCAACGUGAUCGGCACUCAAAAAAAUGUAUAAAUAAAAAAAAUCUAUUAAUAAAAUAAAAAUAAACUCAGCAACAAAGCAAAAUGUAGGCAAACAGGUAAAUCUAAAAACUGAAGAAAUGAGCUGAAACGAUUUAGCAUUUAGAAAAAUGACGGCGUCGUUCAGUCGUUGACUUUGUGGCGGUUGAUGCAUUGCAGUCUGCUGCUUAGUUUGCAUGGGAUUAGCAAAAUAAACAAAUAUGAGAUAUGCAAGUAAUUUAUGCAGUAUUAGCCGCGUUAAUAAAUAAACAUGUUUUUGUGUACGUACAUAUGUAUGAUGAGAUCAGUGUUGGAUUAUACAUACAUAUAUAAACAUUUAGUAAUGAUUAAACUUUUCUUGAUGACGCAUAAGCUGAGGUCAUAGGCGAACAGUUUGAGGAAUUUAUGACGGUAUAUUAUGAUGAUAAGCGAAAAUAAAAAAAUAAUAAACAUAUUUAAAUUAUAACGGGAAA